CAGUAGAAGGACCCCCUUCUCUCAUUCUACCUUCCUUCCUUCCUCCGACACCGACAGUGGAAAAGCAGAGGACUUGGGAGAGGGAACGAGGGAGGGUGGGGUUGACCCAGAGGAGAUUCUUCCAAUAUGGGAUUGGGAGAUGGGGAUGCGAAUGGGGUGAACGGGCUCGAUCUAGGGAUCAACAAGAACAGGUACAAGAGGAUGGAUUCCGAUUUUGCAGAGGAGGACGAGGCUGUAAUGUCGCACCAAGAUGGGGGGAUGAGGCAGCACAGUACCCGGAAGUACGUCUUCGCCUGCGCCAUCUUUGCCUCUCUCAAUUCCGUGCUCCUCGGCUAUGAUGUGGGUGUCAUGAGUGGAGCGAUUUUAUUUAUACAGGAGGAUCUGCACAUCACGGAGGUCCAACAGGAAAUCCUUGUUGGGAUCUUAAGCAUCAUCUCUAUCCUGGGCAGUUUAGCCGGUGGUAAAACCUCAGAUGCAGUCGGCCGAAAAUGGACCAUUGCCCUUGCUGCGAUUAUCUUCCAGGUUGGUGGCCUCAUAAUGUGCCUCGCCCCCUCUUUUUACAUCCUCAUGGUAGGGAGGUUACUUGCCGGAAUCGCGAUCGGGUUUGGCGUCAUGAUUGCUCCGGUUUAUAUUGCUGAGAUAUCGCCUACCGUUGCCCGAGGCUCGUUCACUUCCUUCCCCGAGAUAUUCAUAAACUUGGGAAUCCUUCUGGGAUACAUCUCUAACUAUACCUUCUCUGGACUCCCGACGCAUAUAAACUGGCGGGUGAUGCUGGGCGUCGGGAUCCUUCCCUCGGUCUUCAUUGCGUUUGCCCUUUGUGUGAUCCCUGAGUCUCCGAGGUGGUUGGUGAUGCAAAACAGAAUUGAAGAAGCAAGAUCGGUCCUUUUAAAGACAAUUGACUCGGAGAAAGAAGUAGAGGAGAGAUUAUCAGAGAUCCAACAGGCUGCAGGAACUGCUAAUGCAGAGAAAUACGAAGAGAAAGCUGUGUGGCGAGAAUUCUUAAACCCUUCACCAGGAGUUCGGAGAAUGCUGAUAACGGGCUGCGGGAUUCAGGUCUUCCAGCAGAUAACGGGAAUCGAUGCCUUGGUAUAUUACAGCCCCACGAUCUUCAAAGAUGCGGGGGUCAAGGGCAAUGCUCAGCUCUUGGCUGCAACAGUUGGUGUAGGGUUCACAAAGACUAUAUUCAUCUUGAUAGCUAUAUUUGUUAUCGAUCGCAUUGGCAGAAAGCCUUUGCUCUAUGUGAGUACAAUUGGGAUGACGACUUGCUUGCUUGGGUUGAGCAUUACUUUAGGUUUUCUUGGAAACAGGACAGCUGGGGUUGGGCUAGCAAUUCUAUUCGUUUGUGGGAACGUGGCCUUCUUCUCGAUCGGGCUUGGACCUAUUUGUUGGGUCUUGUCCUCAGAGAUCUUCCCGCUGAGGCUGCGGGCCCAAGCAUCAGGCCUCGGGUCAGUGGGAGGCCGGGUCAGUAGCGGUUUGGUUGCGAUGACAUUCCUCUCUCUUUCUCACACUAUUACUGUCGGGGGAACCUUCUUUCUCUUCGCAUUGAUAUCGGCUCUGGCAGUUCUUUUUGUGCACAAUUGUGUUCCCGAGACAAAAGGGAAGUCGUUGGAACAGAUCGAGUUGCUCUUCCAGGAUGAGAAUGAAUGGACAAAAGGCGGAGGUGAGGUGGAAUUGGGAGAUGCAGAGCGUUUGGUGCCGAAAGAAUAAUGGGUGACAGCAUCUGUUUACAGAUGGCACAUGUAUUUUACACAGGUUGAGUUUUGUACAGACCGCAAAUCCGAUUUACUGUGAGCCUUCUGCUCCUUUUAGACAUGGAUGUAGGAUUAAUGCCUCUACACGUAUUAGAUUUGUACCUGAAUUUUUAUGUUUGUACAAUAAAUCCCAGAGGAGAUUACCAAAUGAAGGAACAAACCUAGCUCUAGUGUUCUUGUCAAGUUUUCUUCAAGAUAUUGAGAAUGUCUGAUCUUUUAUC